GACACACCACAAAAGAAUCAGAUGGAAACUAUUGCCUAUCGUGGUGCCCCUCACGAACUCAAAACCCAAUGAUCGUAGUUGGAUGCGGCAAUCAAAACAGCGCCAAAAUUUUCCGACAAGAUUCAUCACAAAAAUGGCUAUCUCAUGAAAUAUUGGAUGGACAUAUGAUGCCUGUGUAUGAUGUUAGCUGGGCUCCCAGUAUGGGAAGGAGUUACCAUCUUAUUGCUACCGCAUCUAAAGAUCAUCACGUUAGAAUCUUCAAACUAGUAGAUAACAAAAAAGAUGGUUUCGACGUCACGCCUGUCGCCCAACUUCCAGAUCACAAUGUAGAGGUUUGGAAGGUUGAAUGGAAUGUAACGGGUACUAUAUUGUCAUCAUCGGGCGACGAUGGGAAAGUUCGAUUGUGGAAAUAUUCGCUCCAAUCUGGAGAAUGGAAAUGCAUGAACACCAUAUAUUAUGAUCGGCAGCCAGAAAGUAUGGAAAU